AAAUUAGCAGCUUUUAAAGUGCAUUGUCCUUUACUCCAAUUUCCUUGAUUUUUUGGUUUUCCAGAAAAAAAAUAUGCACAGGAUCUACACAUUUUUGAUAUUUAUUUCACAAUUAGCAUUAGGACUGUCAAAUAAUCCGGACAUACCUAUUCAAUAUGAAUUAGCCAACAAUAUUAUGGAGAACUAUCAAAAAGGAUUGAUACCUAAAGUCAGGAAAGGGUCGCCAAUCAAUGUCACUCUUUCGUUGCAGCUUUAUCAGAUUAUUCAAGUGAAUGAGCCGCAACAAUAUCUACUACUCAAUGCGUGGGCGGUAGAGCGAUGGGUAGAUCAAAUGUUGGGAUGGGACCCGUCGGAAUUCGACAAUGAAACUGAAAUUAUGGCGCGACACGAUGAUAUUUGGCUGCCGGACACCACUUUGUAUAACUCACUUGAAAUGGAUGACUCAGCAUCUAAAAAACUUACACAUGUAAAGCUCACUACUCUGGGCAAAAAUCAAGGUGCAAUGGUGGAACUGUUGUAUCCAACUAUUUAUAAAAUCAGUUGUCUGUUGAAUUUGAAAUAUUUCCCUUUUGAUACGCAGACUUGCCGAAUGACAUUUGGUAGUUGGUCCUUUGACAAUAGUCUAAUUGACUAUUUUCCACGGACGUUCACAAAUGGUCCGAUCGGGCUGGCAAAUUUCUUGGAAAAUGAUGCAUGGAGCGUUCUUGGAACAAAAGUAAACCGCGAAGAGAAAAAAUACACGUGCUGUCCGGUCAACUACACACUGCUCCACUACGACGUCGUUAUUCAACGCAAACCGCUCUACUACGUGCUCAAUCUGAUCGCGCCGACCGCCGUCAUCACCUUCAUCUCGAUCAUCGGGUUUUUCACGUCAGUCAAUCCGUUCACCAACUUCUGCAAUGUGUCGUCUUCAGUUCACGAUUUACGUCAAGAAAAAAUCACACUGGGCAUCACUACACUCCUUUCGAUGUCUAUUAUGAUAUUUAUGGUGUCCGACAAAAUGCCAUCGACGUCUACAUGUGUUCCACUUAUAGCCCUUUUCUACACACUUAUGAUCACCAUAAUCUCCGUCGGAACCCUAGCCGCCUCAUCAGUGAUAUUCGUUCAAAAACUCGGAUCCAUCGGAAAUCCACCAGCAUCAAAAACCAUGAAAUGGACGCAUCGGAUAGCUCCGUUCGUCCUGAUUCAAAUGCCACUGGUCAUGAAGCAGGCCUACGCGAAACGGGCCAAAGAGGAGAAGCAUCGGAAACGGAUGUCGAGAAAGAAUAGCAUGUGGACGAAGGUUUAUCAUUUGGCACGAGAUCAUUCGAAGCUUAUGGAAACCGUUCCGGAUGGUGCUGUGAAGUUUAAUCAGAUCUCGGAUUUUAAGAAUAAUGAUAUUGGAAAUAUGGAGUCUCCGAGAAUGGCCGAAUCACAAACAUCCGAAACCUUCGCCGCACCGAUGGAUACCAGCUUCACAGAAUCUCUUCACAUCCCUGAGCUCAAUCGUGUCGCCUCCAGCAAUAGUAUUCAAAGUGUCCUAAAACCGACCGAAAUCCAACUGACACCAUAUUGUACACGGAACAUUGUGGAACUCGAAUGGGAUUGGGUGGCUGCGGUGUUGGAACGAGUUUUUCUUAUAUUUUUCACAAUUUGCUUCUUAUUCUCAGCUAUUGGAAUUAAUUUAUAUGGCUGGUAUAUUUGGUAUACGGAAAAUCAUUUUCUUUUUUGAAUUUGUUUAUUCGAUUGAUCUGCUCUGAUGUGAUUUCACUUGUUGUUUAUGCAUUUUUCAUGAAAUAAAGACGUUGAAGUA